AAGCCCAGUUUAUUAUCUAAGGGUGAAGAUGGAAGGCGUGCGGCCGCCUCCUCUCCGGAGCCUGGAUGAUUUCCUCCUAAGCUCGGCCAGGUUCGCGCUGCCAGAUGUUCGCGACCUGGACCGCUGGAACAACCGGAUCAUCAACAACCUGCUCUACUACCAGAGCAACUACUUCCUGUCUGCGCUGGGCCUGCUGCUGCUCGUGGGGUAUUUCCAACCCUUCCAGUUGUUUGUUGGGGCAGUGGUGGUCUCCUUGUUGUUCCUUGGCUUUGUCUGGGCUGCUGAGAACCAAGCUCCCAUUCGCCGUUUCCGUAGAAACCACCCGUUGAUGUGUGUGUUGGCUGUCCUGGUGGCCAGUUAUCUCUUAAUAUUGGUGCUGGGAGGAGUGGCUGUCUUCCUGUUUGGCAUAGCCUUCCCUAUACUGAUGGUGCUGGUCCAUGCGUCGAUGAGACUGCGGAGCCUCAAGAACAAGCUGGAGAAUAAACUGGAAAGCAUCGGUUUGAAGAGGACACCUAUGGGACUCCUGUUAGAGGCCCUGGGACAGGAACAGGAAGCUGGAUCCUGAAGAGGAGAAGGAAGAGAAGGUGUGUGCGGGUGUGGAAGAGGACAGGUUGGGUGCACUCUAAGGGGAAUGAAAAACGAAAUUGAGGUUAAGAGGUGGGUGGGAAAUUGGCAGAGGAGAGGAAGAACAAAGGCGGAGAGAAUUACUAGAAGAGAAAGCAUUAGAAAAGAGUUAAUGGAACAAAAGGGGUUGUUUAUGUAAUGAUCAAAUUAUUAUUCAGCAGUGAAUGAUGAGACCUACUCUGUGGUCCAAUAAGAAACCACAGGAAUCAUCAUUAACACGUUUAAAGUAUCCCUGACGGUUUUCUGCCAAAACUUGCACUUUCAUUGACUGUUCAUUGUAUUAUUCCAUUUAAUUUGGGACUGUUUUUGCUCUACAUACAUGAAGUGUGCAGCACUGUAGUUGCAGUGUGGAGUGUGUUCUGCUCUCUGUUCAGCAUAGUCAUAUUGAGGCCUGAUAUCACAGAUUAGCUUUCAGCAUAGUUUAUUUUAUUUUAUUCAUUAAAAUCACUACUCAGAGUUUUUAUCUUGUGAAAAUGUAGCUUUAAUCUUGAAAUGUUACUUUUUCUUAUGAAAUUAUAACGAUCCUAAAAAUGUCACAAAUUGAUUCUCGUAACACUUUGACUCAUUUAAAAAUAUAGGGACGUUAUUCUAUAAAGUCUCCGCUAUACUUCCACAUCCUGCUUACCUGACUAUCCACAGGGUCUAAGUACAAACUUUGUAUGCAACCAAAGUAUUGUAAUGAUAACAGGCCUUUUCACUCUUUUAAUAAUAGCAGUCUCAUGAGGAAGAACUGUGGUAUGCAAUUAAAUACUAUAACUUCAGUGUUUUUAACUAAAACCUCUGAACACACUGCAAGAAGCAUUCGAUAUAAGAGAAGUGAACUCACCACAGUGCUUUAAAAAUUAAUAGUCUAGAAAAAUCCAGGAGAAUCUAGUUGUAAAGCUUGAAGUCUUAAACAUGCUUAAUUUCAAGGAAAUCUGAGCAUUCGUGUGAAGAGAAUCAGCUCCCUGAGUUGGGGAAGUAGGAAAUAAUGAAGGAAACCAAUCAUUUAAGUUCCCACAUUUCUAAACUUGUAUCUAUUUCAGAGAAAAGGUUUCACCCAAAGAGCUUCCCGAAUUCUUCACUGCUGGUCAGUGGGAUCUGCACAGUCUCCCUGUGCUGGGAGAAGCUCUCCUGUAAUAUAACUAACAACAAAACACUUCGAACGUCCAUGUUAUUCCAUAAUCAUUUCAAUUAUUGUUAUCUCAGCCAAUAAGUAGUUCGCAAUUUUCCUCUGUCACUUUUUGUUUUUAGACCCACUUGCUGCAGCUGUUGGUGGAUUUGUUGAAUUGAAUAGAUACAAAUUCAGCACAGAUAUUCAGUGCUUAUCCCUAGUGGAUGGAUCCUAUUGACUGAUGAUCACCUUACUUUUAAUUUCAACCUCCAAUAUGUCACAAUUGUAAAUUAUCCAGUGAUGACUGUGGCAGCUGGCCAUAGAAAAUGUAUCAUUGUGAACCAAGUGACCUUCGUUAGCAUGCAUGUGCCCCACUGUUACCGCAAUAGAUUAAAUCAUUUCUGUGGAAAAAACUGAUUGGCAUCUACUUCAGCACAAAACAAUUAGGAUUGAUUCACAAUGUAAUCAGUUAGCGUACAAAACCACUACAGCUUCCUCCAAUAUAAACCAGUGCUCUAUCUAAGUUAGUUUAAUUACAGACAUGUCUAAACCAAUGACUCUAUAUAAAGAUGGAUGAUGCAUCUUCACUUCUUCCUGUUGUGCAAAAAUGCAGCCUUGUCCCAUGUGCUAACAUGGAAAAAGUUGGAUUUAUGACCUUUGCUGCGUCCAGCCACAGGGGGGUAAUCAAUAUGGGCUGGCUUCACUUUUUGGGUGUUGUCAUGUCUUCCAUCUUUAUAUAAAGUUGAAAGUUUAACUAGUAAAGACCACCCGCCUUACCACCUAUUGUGUUGUGCCAAACUUGUUAGACUUACAGUGAUAGUCCGAGAAUAAUGGGAAAGAGUUAUCUGUAAAGUACAACAGAAAUAGGUUCAAUGCUAUUAGGCCAUUUUUAUGGUAUAUAUGAACUUCAUGACAUAAUCGCAUUAUUGCUGGUAUGUUGUUGUCUUUGUAUUAUUAUUAUUACAAGUUAAUAUUUAUUUAAAUUAAAGUUAUCUCACCUCGAAGUUCCACUUGAAAUAUAAAUUAAAUUUGGAAUUGCAAACCAGCCAUCAUUAACUGUAAUCCACAAAAAAAGUAUAUCAUAUAACAUUAUGACAGGUCUACCAUUUAAUGCAGAAAAGGGUCAUUGCAUUUAAACACUCCAUAAACACUAAUAUUCGACUACUUCAUUGUUUGCAGGUUGUCCAGUAUUGCACAUAAUUGGUUUUCUGCUUUGUAGAUGUGAUGAAGGACUGUUUUUGUUUGAAGAAAGAUAAAUAAAAAGCACUCCUGUGUUGUUUUUAUGAACAAAGAA